ACUUUAGCUAAGCAUUUGUUGUAACGUUUAGUUCCUGCACAGCAGCAUCAGUUUUGGGCCAUUCUUUAGUCUGCAGUUUGUGUGCUAUGGAUUAUCAUCUUGCUGCAUGAAAGGCUUCGUUUUGAAACCUCCAUCACAUACAAAUGUCAGUUUGGGAUUUGCUGGUAUUCCAAAUUCAUUUAUUUUUGUCUACGUAAAGAAGCUUUCCUGUCACAGAAGCAACAGAAAAGUGAUAAAACCUUGAUGGCUGUUUUAUAUUUAGCAGUGGCUCUUUAAUCUUUGCAAGUCAGAUGACAUUUCUCUUUUAGUUGUUUCCAAUUAUUUAUUAAAAACAACUUAUUUUCAUCACAAUUUUCAGUAAGCUUUGGAUUGUAUAGCCUCUAUCUAAUGAGGACUGUUAGUGUGGCUGGUGUGAUAAAAGUGGAGGGAGGACAUGGCACUCCACACUGCCUGGCUCCGUCAUUCCUGGAUGUCAUCCUGCCCUGAGGCGCUGUUGGCUGAGCUCCAUCAUCCAGCCCAGAGUCAAGCUUUGGAAACAUAAUAACGUCACCACAUGCAAACUGUGGUUCUAGCGGAGAGAAUGAGAGCGGAACGUAACUCGGCGUCGGGCACAAGGCUUUGCUUCUCUGUGAAUUCAACGCUAGAUACAGGUAAGGGGAGUCCUACAACUUCAUGAGGAUUUAUUCAGCAGUUUGUAUCAUCUUAGCGAAAGUUUUAAAACUGUUUUUCUGCUUCUAUUUUUAUUUUUUUUACACUUGCAAAUGCAUUUCCUGAAUCGUAUUCAAAGCCGUGGCUCUCUUGUAAACAUUUCCCUGUUGUGCAAGCACAUGUUGUGCCCAUGGAGCAGAAUUGCCAUCUUCGCUCCAGUGGGGAAACAAACAUGGACACAGGAGAGGACCUGUCAUGCUUAAAGAUGGAGGGGAUCAAGAUGGAAGAUGCUGACUCAUGCACCGGUCUCUCAGAUGAGACACGCCAACAUCUGUCAAUCAGUGAUGGACCAUCCAGCAGCUGCACUAAAGCCAGAGGCAAGUUUAGGCCAAGGCUCCUGGCUACCAAAAGCUUCCCCCCUUACAGCCAGUGCAUCGGUGGACUGGGAGAAGACGAGGACUGGGACAGCUAUCUCGACUCAGACUCGCCUCUGGCUUGCCAGUCGAAUGCAAAGAAGGAGAAACCUGUAGCUUAUGAGGCGGAUGACACUGCAAAGUAUUCCCGGGAUGUUCUCAGAGCCAAAUGGAAGUCAAGGAGGAAAGAGAAAUUAGGAGGCAGCUUAGACGUUGGCACAGAUGGCUGCGAUAGAGGGAGGCUGAGUGGGAAGAGGAGGGUGGAGAACAGUGGAAUACAAGGAGAACACUGUGACGAGGAUGAGGGGAAACACCGGAGAGGGAAAAGCUCCAGUUUGAAGAGAGGUGGGAGCAGUGUGGAGAAGGAAGACGGGAAACCUUCUCCCAUUCUCCCCUCAGCUCAUUCUGCAACUCAUGAGAACAGCAGCAGUGUGGAGGACCCCGAGGGGCAGAACCGGGAGGAUGAUGAGGUGACGGAGCCCUCAGGUCAUCGGCAUCCAAUCCUCUCCAAGCUGUUGCACUCCUCCACCUCCUCGUCCUGUUCCUCUAUCAACCUCUCAUCAGACAGCGACGAGGUCUUCAGUGACCUAGAUGACGCCGUGUCUAAAAGAAAAACCUUCAAGAAGAGUCGCACAUGGAAAACCUUCCUGACCAUGAUGCACUGGUCACUCAAGCGACAGAGCUCCUGGGUUCAGCUAGCUGGACAUCAAGGUAAUUUUCAGGUUAGUAAAGGAGGGGAGGUGCUGAAGCUGUACAGUGAACUGGAGGCGAAGUGUCUGGACAGCCUGAUGAGAGAUCCGCUGAGGCCUUUUGUCCCGCAGUACUAUGGUUUGGUCACCAGAGGGGAGCACUGCUACAUCCGCCUGGAGGACUUGCUCAACGGCCUGAGGAGGCCUGUUAUCAUGGACUGCAAGAUGGGAGUCAGGACAUUCCAGGAGGAGGAACUGAUCAAAGCUCAAACCAAGCCCAAUUUGAGGAGCGACAUGUACCAGAAGAUGGUGAAAGUCGACCCAUCAGCACCAACGGCCGAGGAACACGAACAGAAAGGAGUGACAAAAUGGCGCUACCUACAGUGGAGGGACACAACCAGCUCCACGUCCACUCUGGGCUUCAGGAUUGAGGGCAUCAUGAUGGAGGAUGGAACUGUCCAACGGGAUUUUAGAAAAAUUCACACCUUGACUCAGAUCACAGAGGCGUUACUCUACUUCACCAGGAGUCAACUGGACACUCUGAACGCGUACCACUCUAGACUCGUGGACCUGAAAGAUGCACUCAGGAGUUCAGAGUUCUUUCGAAAACACGAGGUUAUUGGCAGCUCACUCCUCUUUGUACACGACCACAGCAAGGCCAGUGUUUGGAUGAUAGACUUUGGGAAAACGAUGCCUCUUCCUGACUCAAAGGAGGUCCAGCAUGGCAUCCCUUGGGUUGAGGGGAACAGGGAGGACGGCUACCUGAUCGGUCUGACCUCCAUUCUCACGGCUCUGAGCCAGGCCAUCAGCCUGGCUGAGGGGCAGCAGGAGGGCAGCUGAGUGGAAACAUGGAAAGUGUGAAACAUGAAGUUCUCAGAGUGUCUGUGACACCAGCACCUGGACUCAGGGAUAAAGCAGGAACAAUGGCUGCUUCAAUGAAGCUGAAAUUCAAAGACAUAUGAAGUGAAAGCUAGUCUUGCUUAUUGUACAUCUGGUAUGUACAUACAUAUGCCAACAGUGGAAAGGGCUUUUUUUAUAUAUAUAUAUAAAGUUAUUUUGUGUGUGUUUUUGUAUUGCAUGUUAUAUUUAAAAUUUUUAAGUAUCUUUAAGAAUGACAUCACGCACAACCUCAUGUUCUGCCUGUUUUAAGUCAGUACGUUUGUAUGUUGAAUGGUAGCUGUGCUUUUUGAUAAGGAACUGAUAAAACGUGUUGCUUUUCAUGAUCUAUGAAAAAAAAAUAUACAUAUAUUUUAUUCCAAUUAAAUGUUUUCUUAUUUUUUACUUUUGGUCUGGUAGUCAGACAUUUCAUACUGUUACUGGUAUGGCAGCCCAGGUUAAGUUAACUAAACAAGUGCAAAACUCUGUCCACCUCAUUACUACAUAGAUAUUUGGCACAAAAAAUAAGGGAAUGUGUGUGUAAUCAAUUCUGUGCAGCAACAAGAUUUUUAAGCAAUAAAUCUUAAGUAGUUGUAAAGUCUA